CAUGGAUUCGCUAAGUCCCGGAACAUAGGCGUUUGUAGGACGCAGAAAAAAUAAUACGCGAUUACUGAAAGAGAAUAAAAAAGGAUUGAAAUUACUGAUCGGAGAAAAAUGGCUAGCGCCGGCGGUGGUGGCGGUGGCGGAAAGGUGUCCUUCAAAGUUACUCUAACCUCCGAUCCCAAACUUCCUUUCAAAGUAUUCAGCGUACCGGAGGCGGCUCCGUUCACGGCGGUUCUGAAAUUCGCCGCCGAAGAAUUCAAAGUGCCGCCGCAAACCAGUGCGAUCAUUACUAAUGAUGGAGUGGGAAUUAAUCCUCAACAGAGUGCAGGGAAUGUGUUUCUUAAACAUGGCUCAGAACUUCGCUUGAUCCCCCGUGACAGGGUUGGUGGAUUAUUGGUUUCGGGCAAAGUUUAGACCUUUUUCUCUUUUAUUUUACUUUUCCUUUUUUUUUUUGUUCAUCCAGCUGUUUUUACAACUAGCAAACAUGGUUGUAAAACUAUUUGACAAGUUUGGAUUCUGGAAUUUAUGUUUUGAUAAUAUAUAUACCUGAAUUAUGCUAAUGGAUCAUGGACAAGUGAAUCAAUUAUACUGCUGAUUGGUGUAUGUAAAAUCCAUGGGGGACAUUGGACCACGAUGAACCCCUGGAUUGUGGUACUACUAAAAUUCCGGGGAUGAAUAGAUUAUGAUUCUUUUUUGUUUUUUUUUUUUUUUUU